AUGGCCAGGGUCCCGGAGCUGGACGACACCUUCCUGCAGGCGCAGGCGCAGCCUUCGCCCCAAGUUUCCCCCGAGGCCCAGGAGGAGUGCUGUGGGCCGCUCCUGGGCAAGGGCUUGCUCAUUUACCCCGAGGAAAGGGUGUACCUGGCGGCGGCGGCCGGCGGCGCGCUGGGCAGCGCGGAGAGAGGGGAAGACCCGGAGCUGCCGGCGGGAGUUAAAUCGGAAAUGCGUUUAAGCAAUGGUAACGUUUCCUCGGAAGAAGAGGAUGCAGACAGUCACGACAGCAAAACCAAAGCAGCCGAUCUACACCUCUCUCAGAAGAAAACCGUCACGCAGAUGAUGAAGGAUAAAAAGAAGCAGACUCAGCUCACCCUGCAGUGGCUUGAAGAGAAUUACAUUGUGUGUGAGGGAGUUUGCUUACCACGGUGCAUCCUUUAUGCGCACUAUUUAGAUUUCUGCAGGAAAGAGAAAUUGGAGCCAGCCUGUGCAGCCACCUUUGGAAAGACAAUUCGCCAGAAAUUCCCCCUCUUAACGACUCGGCGACUUGGAACAAGAGGCCAUUCAAAGUAUCAUUAUUAUGGGAUUGGCAUCAAAGAGAGCAGUGCCUAUUACCACUCCGUUUAUUCUGGAAAGGGCCUGACAAGGUUUUCUGGAAGCAAGCUGAAGAAUGAGGGUGGCUUCACUCGUAAAUACUCACUAAGUUCAAAAACUGGAACACUUCUUCCAGAAUUCCCCAGUGCUCAACACCUUGUGUACCAGGGAUGCAUUUCUAAAGACAAGGUUGAUACCCUCAUAAUGAUGUAUAAAACUCACUGCCAGUGCAUCCUGGACAAUGCAAUUAAUGGAAACUUUGAAGAGAUCCAGCAUUUCUUAUUACACUUUUGGCAAGGAAUGCCUGAUCAUCUUCUUCCCCUGCUUGAAAACCCUGUUAUCAUUGACAUUUUCUGUGUUUGUGACUCAAUUCUUUAUAAGGUUCUUACAGAUGUACUCAUUCCUGCAACAAUGCAAGAAAUGCCUGAAAGCUUAUUAGCAGAUAUAAGAAAUUUUGCUAAAAAUUGGGAACAGUGGGUUGUUUCAUCUUUGGAAAACUUGCCAGAAGCUCUAACUGACAAGAAGAUACCUAUCGUGCGAAGAUUUGUAUCUUCUCUGAAACGGCAAACAUCUUUCUUACACCUUGCUCAGAUUGCCAGACCAGCUCUCUUCGACCAGCAUGUUGUGAAUUCUAUGGUAUCUGAUAUUGAAAAGGUUGACUUGAAUAGUAUUGGAUCGCAGGCCCUUCUCACCAUUUCUGGCAGCACAGACACUGAAUCAGAUAUCUACACUGAACAUGAUUCUAUCACAGUGUUCCAAGAACUGAAAGAUCUUCUUAAGAAGAAUGCCACCGUGGAGGCUUUUAUUGAAUGGUUGGAUACCGUGGUAGAGCAGAGAGUUAUUAAGACCAGCAAACAAAAUGGAAGAUCAUUAAAGAAGAGGGCUCAAGACUUUCUGCUCAAGUGGAGUUUUUUUGGUGCUCGAGUAAUGCAUAACCUCACCUUGAACAAUGCAUCCAGUUUUGGUUCUUUCCAUUUGAUCCGAAUGCUUCUUGAUGAAUACAUUCUCCUUGCCAUGGAGACCCAGUUCAAUAAUGACAAAGAGCAGGAGUUACAGAAUUUAUUGGACAAGUAUAUGAAGAAUUCAGAUGCAAGUAAAGCUGCCUUCACUGCUUCUCCGAGUUCUUGCUUUCUGGCCAACCGUAAUAAAGGGAGCACUGUUUCCAGUGACACUGUGAAGAAUGAAAGCCAUGUGGAAACACCCUAUCUUCCUCUAUCAUCCAGUCAUCCUGGAGGCUUACCCUCUGCUCUACACCCAUUUCCUGCUGGGAAUCCAGACACCAUGCCGCUCACAGGUCAAAUGGACCUUUCCCAGAACACUGGUCAUCUGAUGACACCACCCAUUUCUCCAGCCAUGGCGAGCCGAGGAAGCGUCAUUAACCAGGGACCAAUGGCAGGAAGACCUCAAAGUGUGGGCCCAGUCUUGUCAGCUCCACCCCACUGCUCAACAUUCCCAGAGCCCAUUUAUCCAACUCAUCCUCAAACCAGCCAUGACUUUUAUGGGACCAACUCUAACUAUCAGACUGUGUUUAGGGCACAGCCUCACCCCCCAUCAGGAGUCUAUCCUCAUCGCCCAGAGCAUGGUCGAUGCAUGGCCUGGAGUGAACAGCAGCUUUCUAGAGACUUCUUCAGUGGCAGCUGUGCUGGGUCUCCAUAUAAUUCUCGACCACCUUCCAGCUACGGACCAUCCUCACACAGCCAAGAUUCACACAGUAUGCAGUUUUUAAAUACAGGAAGCUUCAAUUUCCUGAGCAAUGCGGGCGCUGCCAGCUGCCAAGGAGCAACAUUGCCUCCUAAUUCACCGAAUGGAUACUAUGGAAGCAACAUAAACUACCCAGAGUCUCACAGACUCGGAUCGAUGGUGAACCAACAUGUUUCUGUCAUCAGCAGUGUUCGCUCACUGCCUCCCUACAGUGACAUCCACGAUCCACUUAACAUUUUAGAUGACAAUAGUAGAAAGCAGACCAGCUCAUUUUACGCAGACACAUCACCAUCAGUUGCGUGUCGAACUCCAGUAGUAGCAACCAGCUUGCAAACCCCAAUUCCUUCCUCCACAUCCCAAUGUAUGUAUGGAGCUUCCAAUCAGUAUCCAGCUCAAGAGACCUUGGAUUCCCAUGGAGCAAAUGGUAGAGAAAUGGUGUCCUCUUUACCACCCAUCAACACUGUGUUCAUGGGAACAGCAGCUGGAGGCACUUAAACCAACAAUGUUGAGUGAGGAUUGAAACUAAGAAUCUCUACUGCUCAAAUAUUGUUCAUUCAGAUUGCCAUCAGGGUAAAGAAAAUGGAAUAUACAGUGGCAGGACAUUGUUUUCAAGUCACUGGUACAAAACUAUGGACAACUCCAUAAUGAAUGGAGAUACUUGCAGACUUUGCCUUGCACACAAAUUGUUUAAAAUGUGAUCUUGUUAUUAAUUAUAGUUUCAAACAUUAUCAAAUUGAACCACUGGAGCUUU